AUUGAUUGAUUUAAUUAUAUAAUCAGACAUGAUUGAUUUUAUUUGCAGAAAUUGAUAUAAUCAUAUCACACUCAGAGAGAGAGAGAGAGAGAAGGAGAGAUGUUGAAGAAAUGAUUGAUUGGAUUUGCAGAAAUUGAUCCCCACGAGAAGAAGAAGAAGAAGAAGAAGAAGAAGCAAUGGGUGGAGGAGGAAAUGGCACUUGGAGGAAUGCGUGCCAGGAGGUCACCAAUACCAAGCCUUUGUUCCUUAUGGUUUAUGCUGCCAUCCUCGUCGGAAUCCUCUUCUCUUCCUUUUAUGUUUUCUCCACUCUCUACUCCGCCAACAAGUCCUCUUCUCUUUCCUCUGGUGCUUGGCUUUCCUCUCCCCCCUCUUCUCUCUCUCAUGUUGAUCAAUCACUCAACUCUUCUCAUCAAGCAACAGUAGCCGUAGGUUCCAUUUCAACAACGCCACGGCCUCCCAGCAGCAUUCAGGUAAAACCCAUUUGGGAAGUUCCUCCACGCAAUUCGAAAAUGCCCCCUAUGAAGAAAUUUAUACUCACAAAACAACUGGUAGAGCAGAGGGUCAAGGAUAAUGUCAUUAUAGUCACCUUCGGUAAUUAUGCUUUUAUGGAUUUUAUCCUUACUUGGGUUAAGCACUUGACAGACUUGGGGCUUUCUAAUCUUCUUGUUGGUGCUAUGGAUACCAAGCUAUUAGAGGCUUUAUACUGGAAAGGUGUUCCAGUUUUUGACAUGGGAAGUCACAUGAGUACAGCAGAUGUUGGCUGGGGCUCACCUACCUUUCACAAAAUGGGGAGAGAAAAAGUUAUUCUGAUAGAUGCUAUCCUCCCUUUUGGCUAUGAGUUACUUAUGUGUGACACAGACAUGGUUUGGUUGAAGAACCCGCUGCCAUAUCUUGCUCGUUAUCCUGAUGCAGAUGUUUUAACUUCAAGCGAUCAAGUUGUACCAACAGUUGUUGAUGACAGGUUGGACAACUGGCAAGAAGUUGGUGCGGCCUACAAUAUUGGAAUUUUCCACUGGCGGCCAACGGAGUCUUCAAUAAAGUUGGCAAAAGAGUGGAAAGAUAUGCUUCUUGCUGAUGACAAGAUUUGGGAUCAGAAUGGCUUCAAUGAUAUUGUGCGCAAGAAGUUAGGACCAGCUGUUGAUGCUGACAAUGGACUUGCAUAUGCUUUUGAUGGAAAUCUCAAGCUGGGAAUUUUACCAGCAAGUAUAUUUUGUAGUGGACACACUUACUUUGUCCAGGCCAUGUAUCAACAACUUAGAUUGGAGCCAUAUGCUGUGCAUACCACAUUCCAGUAUGCGGGUACUGAAGGAAAGCGCCACCGACUAAGGGAAGCCAUGGUCUUUUAUGAUCCACCAGAUUACUAUGAUUCACCAGGAGGUUUUUUGUCAUUUAAGCCAUCUAUUCCAAAGAGUUUGUUACUAGACGGGGAUCACAAUCUUGAAUCCCACUUUUCCCUUAUUAAUUACCAGAUUAAACAAAUAAGGUCAGCGCUUGCAAUUGCUUCCUUGUUAAAUCGUACACUGGUCAUGCCUCCAUUAUGGUGCAGAUUGGAUAGGCUAUGGUUUUCCCAUCCUGGAGUUCUGAAGGGAACUAUGACUAGACAACCUUUUAUCUGCCCUUUGGACCAUGUUUUUGAGGUGAAUGUGAUGUUAAAACAGCUGCCAGAGGAGGAAUUUGGCCCUGGUAUCAGUAUCAGAGAGUACUCGUUUUUGGACAAUCCUUCCUUGCCCAAACAAUUGAAGGAGUCAUGGCUUGAUGUCCACCUUUGUCAAGAAGGAACUCAAGAUUGUUUUGCAUCAAACAAAACGAGUUCAUCAGGGGUACUCAGAUUUCCAAAUCACAGCAAAGAAGAAAUGGUAUUUGAAAAUUUCCACUAGCUUAAUCUAUUGGCAACUAUCACAUAUUUCAAUUCCUAAUAGGUUCUUCCAAGAUGCUUUCUCAUACCAUAGUUACUCAGCUUUAUCUCAGGAACUUUGAUGAAUUUCUUUGUCUUUAUUAGGUGGGGCCUAUAUCAAUAGAAACUAACUAGCAAAUUAAGGAAACAAUUAAAGUGAAGGUUUUUGUGUGUGUGUGUGUAUGUUUUAAAUAAAGUAUCAUACCUGAGUGCUUUGACUCUUUAGUAACUUGGAGUAUUUGAGUGCUGGGUUAUGAUAGUGGAUUAGGUAUGCAUUUGAUGUUUAGUUGUUUGGGAUUUUACUGUAAGGAUGGAGCCCGUCAUUGAGAUCCUGUGCCGCCUAAUAAUAUUCAUUUUACUGCACCAUUGUUUUUUCUCUGCAUAGUCAUCAAGAUAUUCUCCAGUUCCUUAAAGAAUGAAAGGUAUCAUGUUCUAUUGGAUUGCCUUUAUCUACCUAAUUUCUUGAUGUGCAUAUUGUUUGGUAAAGGCCCACUGCCCCAGUGGUUGUCAUGUUUCCAACAUGGUUUCAUAUUGCAAUCCCAGCUGUGGUCAUUAAAUUGGGGUGUCAGUGGCAAAAGAGUAAUGUCUCAGGCAGCAUUACUAAUAAAUUAGCAAGAUGACUCAAACAAAUAGUAUAGCUAGCAUAAACUGAAAAAUGCAACUUGUUGGUACUUUUAACAUCUAAAAUAACUCAGUUGGAUACAAAUUUACGAGGAAACCAAUAAGAAAAAAAAGGUAGCUUAUUUAGCUAAUAAAUUUUGAGCCAAGUCAAGGAAUGUUAAGAUCUAAUGAGAAAUCUAGUGGAAAAUAAAGUUUUGACUUGAAAAGACACUUGAAAUAAUGCAAAGCAGCUGCAAAAGUCCUCUUGAGAACUUGUUAUGUGAGCUGGAGAGGUAAGAAUGUUGGUUUUCCCAACAGAAGGCAAAAAUAUUGGUCUCUUAAUGACCAUAAUCACCAAAGAAAUGGCCUAUAAUGGUUUUGGUUGUGAAUUUAAAAUCCCCAUAAUGAAAUAGAGUGAAACGUAGAGGGAGUUGCAAAUGUUGUUAUGCGGCUGCUGUUAAGUUGUAUAAUGACUGUUUUCUAUAGCCAAGGUUUCCAAGCAUAUCUUGAACAGAAAUAUGCUAUUAUUUUGAGUUUAUUUGUGUGGCUGUAAUUGUUUUAUUACCACAUACAAAUUUCUGAAAUGUAAGAGAUAAAAACAACUGGUUUCCACAGUGGUAUGGUGUCGUUUUUAGUGGUUUUGUCAAAAUCUAUUAUUGGAAGAAUAUCAGGGGGCUUAAAUUCCUGGCAUGGUGAAUGCGUUUUGGUAUUUCCUUGGCAGAGGAGCUUAGUUAUCCUGAGCUGUAAAUGUUUUUGGUUAAAACCUAUGAAUGACAACGCCAUGCUGAGACUUCUGACUUGGUGAAAUAGUUUUGAUAUUCUGCCUACGGAGAGGUUUCUAAUGAUCCUGAGAUAUGAAUCUCAUGCAUUUUCUAAGGCCAAGAUUAUGAGCUUCCCUCUUACCUGAUUUUGUAGUAUGAUUUCUUCUUGGUUUCCCCUGGAAGAGUGAUGCAUUUUUAAUGAUCCAUUUAUUGGUCUAUUUUUUUGCAUAACCUUUUCUUCUGGAAUUUACCAGUACUCUGAAUUUUCAUAUGAUCCUUAAAAUUUGGCCUUAACUUGCAAAAUUGUAUAAUUUUGAGAUAGCAUGUGGGGAUAGUGGAGGAGUCUUUUGAGAAUUGGCAAUUGGUGAAUGAAAGUAGAGUAACCUCAUCCUUCUCAAAAACUGGGAUGAUAAUUUUCCACUUUUCCUGGUGCUCUUUGAAUUUGUGUUUUAAUUUGGUUUCAUUUAGUUUUAAGGGUUGGUCAUUGUUAAGUCUUUAGUUUAGUUUAUUCAAUAGCUUUUAUGCUGUUCGGCUUUAACAUAAUCAUUUACCAGAAAUUCAAAUUAUAAUGUUCACCUCCCUGUGGAUUUUCCUUGCCAUUUUAAUUAUACUAGUAACAUGCAGAUCAAGGCCGUAUUCUCAUCCUUCAAGGAAGUCAAAGUUAUUCAAUUCUCUUCAAUGCAAGAUGCUUUCCUAGGUUUUACUGACAAG